GAGUGGCGAGGUGAGCGACCCAAGAAGGGGUUGAGUGGAACCAAUGAUGUGUAUACGCACCAUUGAGUGGAACAAGCAGCAGUGAAGCGUGCGUUUUGAUAUGUCGGACCCGGCGGCACAGGCCUUGCAACCCCGGCUACAUCAAGCUCAGUCUGGUGGGACUGCUGGGUCUAACGCUGCUGCUGUGGGAUCUGGAUCGGGGAACAGUGACCCAGUCAGACCAGGUCUUAGCCAACAACAGCGGGCGAGUCAGAAAAAAGCCCAAGUCAGAGCUUUUCCACGGGCGAAAAAGCUCGAGAAACUCGGCGUCUUCUCCGCUUGCAAGGCUAGUGACACAUGCAAGUGCAAUGGCUGGAAGAACCCACAACCGCCGACUGCCACCCGAAGUAUGGAUUUACAGCAACAAGCGGCCAGCCUUAGCGAGUCCUGCCGCAGCUGCGGGCAUGCCCUGGCGGCCCAUGUGUCCCACCUGGAGAACGUGUCAGAGGAGGAGAUCAACAGGCUGCUGGGCAUGGUGGUGGAUGUGGAGAACCUCUUUAUGUCUGUGCACAAGGAGGAGGACACGGACACCAAGCAGGUCUACUUCUACCUCUUCAAGCUGCUGAGAAAAUGCAUCUUGCAGAUGAGUCAGCCGAUAGUGGAGGGAUCAUUGGGGAGUCCCCCCUUUCAGAAACCCAACAUUGAGCAGGGAGUGUUGAACUUCGUUCAGUACAAAUUCAGCCACCUGGCACCCAGAGAGAGGCAGACGAUGUUUGAGCUCUCCAAGAUGUUCCUCCUGUGUCUCAACUACUGGAAGCUGGAGACUCCCACACAGUUCCGCCAGCGGUCCCAGAAGGAUGAUGGCACAGCCUACAAAGUGGACUACACCAGGUGGUUAUGCUACUGCCAUGUCCCCCAGAGUAACGACAGCCUGCCGCGCUAUGAGACCACCCAGGUGUUUGGCCGCAGUCUGCUCAAGUCAAUCUUCACCGUGACGCGCCGCCAGCUCCUGGAGAAGUUCAGAGUGGAGAAGGACAAGCUCCUCCCAGAGAAACGCACACUCAUCCUCACACACUUUCCCAAGUUUCUGUCUAUGCUAGAGGAGGAGAUCUAUGGGGAAAACUCUCCCAUCUGGGAGGCUGACUUCACCAUGCCUGCCUCAGAGGGGGGCCAGCUGGGUCACCAGUUAGUGAUCAGCCCUGCUGCAGUGUCGGGCUCGCCCUCCUUCUCUAAGGGCAUGAACAGUGGCCCUUCGCUAGGCAGUCUGGGGCUGGACGCUGGCGUGGCCGAGCCCAUAACAGGAGAGAAGAGGAAGCUUCCAGAAGUUCUGACCCUGGAGGAUGCUAAGAGGAUCAGAGUAAUGGGAGACAUCCCGAUGGAGUUGGUCAACGAGGUGAUGAUGACCAUCACUGACCCGGCUGCCAUGUUGGGCCCAGAGACGAGUCUGCUGUCUGCCAAUGCUGCUCGUGAUGAGACAGCCCGGUUAGAGGAGAGGCGGGGCAUCAUAGAGUUCCAUGUCAUAGGGAACUCCCUUUCCCAGAAGUCCAACAAGAAGAUUCUGAUGUGGCUGGUGGGCUUGCAGAACGUCUUCUCCCACCAGCUGCCUCGCAUGCCCAAAGAGUACAUCACACGCCUGGUGUUUGACCCGAAGCACAAGACGCUGGCCCUAAUCAAAGAUGGCCGUGUCAUCGGGGGGAUAUGUUUCAGGAUGUUCCCCACCCAGGGCUUCACUGAGAUCGUCUUCUGUGCCGUCACAUCCAACGAGCAAGUCAAGGGCUACGGUACUCACCUGAUGAACCACCUAAAGGAGUACCACAUCAAGCACAGCAUCCUGUACUUCCUCACCUACGCUGAUGAGUACGCCAUUGGCUACUUCAAGAAGCAGGGUUUUUCCAAAGACAUCAAAGUGACUAAGAGUCGUUACCUUGGUUACAUCAAGGACUACGAGGGGGCUACCCUCAUGGAGUGUGAGCUAAAUCCCAGGAUCCCCUACACAGAGCUCUCUCAUAUCAUCAAGAGGCAGAAAGAGAUCAUUAAGAAGCUGAUUGAGAGGAAGCAGAGCCAGAUCAGGAAGGUAUACCCAGGACUCACCUGCUUCAAAGAGGGUGUACGGCAGAUCCCCGUGGAGAGCAUCCCUGGCAUCAGGGAGACAGGCUGGAAGCCCAGUGCAAAGGAGAAAGUGAAAGAGUUGAAAGACCCUGAAGUGUUGUACAACAUGCUGAAGAAUCUCCUGGCCCAGGUCAAGACUCACCCUGAUGCCUGGCCCUUCAUGGAGCCUGUGAAAAAGACUGAGGCUCCAGACUACUAUGAGAUCAUACGCUUCCCCAUUGAUCUGAAGACCAUGACGGAGAGGCUGAAGAACAGAUACUAUGUGACCAAGAAGCUGUUCAUAGCAGACCUGCAGCGCGUCAUUACCAACUGCCGUGAAUACAACCCCCCGGACAGCGAGUACUGCAAGUGUGCCAACACCCUGGAGAAGUUCUUCUACUUUAAGCUGAAGGAAGGGGGCUUGAUCGAGAAGUGAAGCUAGGGUCACAGGUCACCAUGCACAUAGGCCCCACUGCGGAACAGCAGGAAGGAGCGCUCGUGGACACUCACUCACACACACUGUCUUGUGAUGACAUAGUCAGGGGGUCAUUGCUAGCCGUAUUCCAACCCCUUUUUCCCUCGUCUUUUCUUUUGGGAAGCCUUCAUUAAUGGCAGUGCGUGUUUAUGCAUGUUCUAUUUAUAUUACUGGUGGGUGAAGGGAACUGUGGGGUGUAACAACAACAACAUUUGGAGGUAAUUGGAAAGGCUCUAUGGGCGAGUUAAGUUUGUUAAUGUGUCGAAAUGACUCUCCAUCAAUCCCUCCCUCUCUCACUGUUGGUUUGUCUCCCUCUAUCCCUGUCUCACUACCCUCUGUAGUAUAGAAUCUCUCUGUGUGUUGCUGUCUCAUUCUGGUUUCAUUCUUGCUCCAAGUGAUUCAUAGAAGGAUCUGUAACGUAUUCCUGUACCAAAACGACUGGUCCCACAGCAGAUCAUGUCAAACUUUCCACAUAACGUUCAAAUUAUAGGAUGGCAUUUUCACGGAAUUGUUUCUCAGUCGGAUAAAAUAAGGCCCUCUUAGACAUUCACAGCUCCUCCAGAUGGGAGUUGUAUUUUUGGUACUGACAUGGAAACGUGAGUAGGGGGGGGACCGACGCCGUUGUUGCCUUCCUGUACUGACAUACACUUGAAAAGAGGCCAGUAGACUUGGAGGGUAGAAAUACAAUGUGCCCUUGAGUUAGACUCGCAUUGUCAAAGUCCGGUCGCAGUCACAGAUAAUGUCGCCACACCUCACAAGCCCCGGAUAGGUAUUUAGCAAUAAUUUAACCACAUCAUGUGACAGGACACGCUAACCAUUGGUUGAUACAAUGCAACAACUGAAAUGUAGUCAGCCUGAAGCGUGACCAUAGAUAUCCCUGUCUGACAUUGCCUUAUGUUGGAUUUGGCAUCAUGUGAUUGGUCUGUAGAAAAACUUGCAACUUUCCUAUACGUUUCAUCUUUAUGGUUGCCCUCGAAUAAUGUCCCCACAACUACUGUAUGUUGAACUUUUUAUUUAUUUAUUAUUUCACCUGAACAGUAUAAUGAAAAACCUACCACAACAUUUGAAGAUACUUAGGCCUAAUGUUUGUGUAGUUUGUGUAGUCAAUACUGUUCUUUUCCCAUUCACUUCUGGGCCAGUAUGGCCAUGUCACUGAUCUCAAACAUGGUUGUUUUUCUUGGGGAAACAUCAGAGAUGGUAGUGUGUCAGUGUUGUUUUAAUGGUAUUGUCUGAUCUGAGGGUAGGAAACCCAGACCAAGGGCAACAGCAGGAGCGUUGUUAACUGUUUAGGUUUCUGUUUGUCCUAGAAAUAACCUGUUUCUGAUGGAACCACAGGAUCCAACCACAGUGGUAAACAUGACCGUUCGAUUUGUCAGUAUUUCGCUGAAAGGCCAUAGAGCCCUGUCAAUACAGUAUGUAGGUGAUGCACAGCACUUACCCUCCCUGCUGGUUCUGUCUCUUCUAUGGUGGAUAUGCAUUGUGUUAUAAUGAUAAUGGCAGACAAACACAUAAAAAACAAGUGUCUGGUUUGGUGUUCACUCCAUACUCACAAGCAGUAUCGCAUGAUGGAGAACUAUAAUCUGCAUCAAUUUCUGUUGUGUUUUUACUGAGAUGGCCACGGCUAUUCACACACACCCACUUCUUGGUCAUGGUCGGUGUCUGAUUGUCUGCCUCUUGAGAUGCCUUUGGUUCUCUGCUAUUUUGUAAGACGUUUUGGGGGAAAUGACUUGUCUGUGCUGGGUGGUUGAGUAUUCCACUGAACUGUUGUGUGUGUGUGCUUGUACUUGAAUCAUGACUAGCUUUGAGCAACUAAAGUGAUGUCAAUGUUUCGUUAUUCAGGGUUGUCAGUUAUGUAUCUCUCAAUCUACCUAUGUAUGCUGCAUAAAGAUUCUGAAAAUACUGUGUGAGUGAAAUGUAAAAAUAUUAGGACUGCUACAGUUUCUUUUAGUUAUAUGGUUUGAAGAGCUCUUUACUGUAAUACUGUUCAUUAAAAUAAAGUUUUUAUAGUCAAA